CUGUCAUUUUUACGGUUGUUUUUGUUUUUAUAACUGCCUUUUAAUUUUUUUGAUUUAAUUAAUUUAUCGAUUCGAAUCGGGGCAAAUUUCGUCUGGGCAAGGAGAAGAAAUCUGGAGAUAAGGGAUUUUGAUCUCGAUUUCGAAGCUCUGAUCUAAGUUUUUGAGGGAUAGCUCUCCGGUGAUGGCGGGUCAGAAUCCUAACAUGGAUCAAUUCGAGGCCUACUUCAGGAGAGCUGAUUUGGACGGAGAUGGUCGGAUCAGUGGAGCCGAAGCUGUUGGAUUUUUUCAAGGGUCUGGUUUGUCUAAGCAAGUUCUCGCCCAGAUAUGGUCGCUUUCUGAUCGGUCACGCAGUGGUUUCCUUGAUCGGCAAAACUUUUAUAAUUCUCUGAGACUUGUAACAGUUGCUCAGAGUAAGAGAGAGCUGACACCUGAGAUUGUUAACGCCGCACUGAAUACUCCUGCUGCAGCCAAAAUACCACCGCCCAAAAUUAAUCUUUCAGCUAUUCCUGCACCCCGACCUAAUCCUGCCGCUACCACAGUCGGUUCCGUACCCUCAACGGUUUCUCAAAAUUUGGGGUUUGGAGGACCAGGGGCACCAAAUGCGAAUGUCAAUCAGAAUUAUUUUCCAUCUCAACAAAACCAGCAAAUGAGAGCAAAUCAAGGAAUAUCUGGGCUGACUUCACUUAGACCAGCGACUGGUCCAGAAUAUAGACCAAGUGCCUUACCAGGUCAAUUUCAGUCAGUUCCUGUUGGUAGUGUUACACGUCCUCCUCAGGCUGGUCCCACUAGUGUAUCUGGUCCUGAUAGUUCAACGUUCAAUCUUAAUAAUUUGUAUGCUGCAAACACCGGCGGAUACUCGUCAGGCUUUGGAGGGGGAAGCUUAGCAGCACCUUCUCCUGGCGUAAAGCCUGAGUCACAAAUUGAUCCAAAGGCCCUUGUUGUAUCUGGAAAUGGAGGUGACAUGUUUUCCUCUUUCCAGCAACCCACUCUGAGUGACAUGUUUUCCUCUUUCCAGCAACCCACUCUGAGUAAUUCUUCAAUCAGUUCAGCCAUUGUUCCUACUUCUGCUGGAACCCAACCUCCACCAAAACCUAAUGCUCUCGACUCCCUACAGAGUACUUUCUCAAUGCUACCUACAGGGAAUCAGCCACGGCCAGCAGCAAGUGCACAGCCUGCAGUGUCCUCACAAGGUCCAUCCUCCGGUUUGCCAGCUGGAAGUGCAGUUGGAUCUGCCCAUUCAACUCCUGCUGGAAAUAAUCAGCCUCCAUGGCCAAAAAUGAAACCAUCUGAUGUCCAGAAAUAUACAAAGGUAUUUAUGGAAGUUGAUAGCGACAAGGAUGGGAAAAUCACUGGUGAGCAGGCAAGGAAUCUGUUUUUAAGCUGGAGGCUACCCAGGGAGGUAUUGAAGCAUGUGUGGGAAUUAUCUGAUCAGGAUAAUGAUACUAUGCUUUCUCUGAGGGAGUUCUGCAUUUCAUUGUAUUUGAUGGAGCGGUAUAGAGAAGGCCGUCCUCUUCCAACAGAUCUUCCUAGCAGCAUCAGGUUUGAUGAGACACUGUUAUCUAUCUCAGGCGCACCUAGUCAUGGAUAUACAAAUGCUGGAUGGGGAUCUGGUCAAGGUUUUGUACAGCAGCCAGUGAUGGGUGCACGGCCAAUCACCCCAACGACUGGUAUGAGACCACCAGUUCCUGCACCAGGCCCUCACCCUGGCAGCGGUAUAUCUUUUAACCAGCAAAGGAAUCAAGCGCCAGGAUUGGAUGAUCCCAGUCACCUAGGUAAUGGAUAUCCCGCAAGCUCAAAUCUUCCAGAAGCAGCAGCUGAUGGGGAAAAGGUUGAUCAAAAGCAGAAUGCAUACAUGGACUCCAGGGAGAAACUUGAAUACUACCGGACCAAAAUGCAGGAUAUUGUCUUGUACAAAAGCAGGUGUGACAAUAGAUUAAAUGAGAUCUCUGAAAGGGCUUCCGCUGACAAGCGUGAGGCUGAAACAUUGGCAAAGAAGUAUGAAGAGAAGUAUAAGCAAGUUGCAGAAAUAGGGUCAAAAUUAACUAUUGAAGAGGCCAGGUUCCGCGAGAUUGAGGGGCGGAAGACGGAGUUGAGCCAAGCAAUUGUGAACAUGGAGCAAGGUGGUAGUGCUGAUGGUCUCCUUCAGGUCCGGGCUGACAGAAUACAAUCAGAUCUAGAGGAACUGAUGAAGGCUUUAACUGAACGUUGCAAUAAACAUGGGUUGGAGGUUAAGUCCAAGGCCCUAGUAGACCUUCCAGCUGGUUGGCAACCUGGAAUUCAAGAAGGGGCAGCUCUUUGGGAUGAAGAAUGGGAUAAGUUUGAAGAUGAAGGAUUUGGCAAUGAGAUUACUUUUGACAAAUCAAAAGAGCAAAACUCAUCUGGUGAGAAUGAAAACGGUGUGGUGGAUGAUGGUAAGGGGCCACCUGAUUCGCCGACUCAUUUAGAUGAAAACUAUGGACCAUUUUCAGAAACCUCUGACCGCCACCAUGAGAGUGAAUAUGGGGCAACUCACAGUGAAGAUGAUUCAGGCAGAAGUCCUAGAGACAGUCCUGUCUCUAGGACUGCUACUGAGAUCCCAUCUCCAGAUUAUUCUCAUGGAAAGAAUUCGGAAUUCUUUGAUGAUUCGAAUUGGGCAAGUGCGUUUGACACUAACGAUGAUGUGGAUUCAGUCUGGGGAUUUGAUGCAUCCAAAAGCCAGGAUGGAGAUUAUUCUGGAUCUGGUGGCGAUUUUGGUGGAGACACAGGAAGAGAAGAUUCUCCAAGUUCGAGAAGCUUCGGCGCUCAGAGGAAGAGCCCAUUUGCAUUUGACGAUUCAGUUCCCAGCACUCCACUUUCAAGAUUCGGGAACUCUCCACCUCGGUUCAGCGAUGCAUCAGCCAGAGAUAAUAAUUUUGAUAGCUUCUCCAGGUUCGAUUCCUUCAACACCAGUGAAGCAGGCGCCGGGUUUUCCUCCCAGCCCGAAAGACUGUCUCGGUUUGAUUCCAUCAACAGCUCAAAAGACUUUGGUGGAGCUGCCUUCUCCAGGUUUGAUUCAGUUAACAGUUCCAGAGACUUUGGUGGUCCCUCGCUUUCAAGAUUCGAUUCCAUGAAUAGUACAAAGGAUUUCAGUGGCAGCCAUGGAUACUCAUUUGAUGAUGCAGACCCGUUUGGUUCCACAGGCCCCUUCAAAGUCUCUUCAGAUGAAAGCCCCAAGAAAAGGUCAGACAAUUGGAACUCCUUCUAGCCUCGAUUUUUAUAUCAUUCCUUUUUAAAUCCCUUUUUUUUUUCCUCGCGUGAUGAAACUUGUGAUUGUUUCAUAAAAUCUUAUAAUCUUUUCACCAAAUUCUGGUUUUGGAGGAGACAAUAGUGUUAGACUAUUUGUAAUUUGUAAAGGUUGUCUUUGUAUGGUUUUUCUACUGUGUCUCUGUUCUGUUAUGAAUUCACUUGCUUUUAUAUGAAGAGAUAUUUGAGGCU